UGACACUUAAGUUGUCGUACGUUUUCCACGCUCGACUAUUUUUGUGAAGAUUUGUAAUCAUUAUUGUUUUGGGAGCCACGAGGACCGGUACCUUAAAGAAAUUAGCUGGCCAGUCAUAUUUUCCGUUUUGCGACUACCUACAUAAAAAGUAACCGACUUUUCAUUUGAAUCUCGAAGGUUCUUCAGCAUAUCAAGAUGACUCUGGGGCCGUACAACAGACACCAAUCUGAUAGGAAAAAGCAAGCAGCCUUGGCCGCGGCAUUCCCUCAAGGCAUCAAAUGCCAGAAGUGCCUUGAGUUCGGCCACUGGAGCUACGAGUGCAAAGGAAAACGCAAGAUUCUGGUUCGUCCGUCGCGUACCCAGGUCCUCAAGAAGAAUUUGAAGGCUAAGGAAGCUAAAGAGGAACCACAGUGCAGUGGUGGAAGUUGCAAAAUUCCAAGCAAGAAAAAGAAGUGCGAUGGCUCCAGCUGCUCCGAUUGCUCUGACAGCUCCUCAGACAACUCCGACUCCUCAAGCUCCGGCUCCAGUUCCUCGGGCAGUGACAGCAGCAGCGAUUCGGAGAGUGACAGCGAAAGUAGCAACUCGGGCUCGGGGAGUGAUGCAUAAAAGCUCAUGGUAAUUGUAGGACCUUCUCACAGUAAAGUUUUCAUUAGCAUUAAAUUUCUCAAUCAGUUGGCUUAGAAAGGUGUGCGGUGUCAAUUUUCUGUAGGUUAUUGAGCUUUCUAUGCCAAACUGUUAGUUAUCUAUUAUCUGUAUCUUUACUUUAUUUUGAGACAGAACGGAAGUUAGCCACUUGUUUUUGGUGUUAGAUAUGAGAUCAAGGGUCAAAUUGUAGAGAACAGAAAUUAACUGAUGUAGAAAGCCCUUGUAAAGUUGCAUAUUUAAACUACCCCCUACUUUAUGCUUAUGUUUUGAAGUAAUGUGAAGCUUUACCUACUACCAUAGACAUUUACUGUGAGAUAGGUUUAGAAGCAGUAACAAUGCUGGUCAUUUUAUUUAAAAAAGAUUAUUUUUUUGUAUAAAAGUGGUUUAGACAUUUCAUUUUGCUGGCAACAGCCUCCUGAGAUUGUGUUUUGUUUGUUUUACCAGUGCUACAAUACAAUAGAACUGAACCUUAGGGCUUACUGCCAACAUCCAAAUCAUUAUCUGCCUCUCUGUAUUACUCUUGUAUAUCCGAGUGUGGUAGAGGCAGAUAACGAUUUUUGAAUGUUAGCGGUAGACCCUUUGGACAAAUUUCAUACCAGUAACUUGCAUCUACAGACCUGUUUUGCCAGUAACUGUUAUAGUCUAAAUCCACUUGAUUGAUAAUUUUUUGUGUGAUUUGAUUUUUAUUUAAUUCUUUACAAUGCUAGACCUAGGUUUUAUGAAUGUGUAGUUUCUGACUUGUGAUGUCUGUUACCUAAUUGCUAAUAAACAAUUAAAUUGUAACUUCAGUGAGUUAGUUUGUGUAAUGAAGAUAUUGUUGAAACAUUGUAAUUUGUUUAUUGGUGAUGAGGGUAAUUUUAUAAAAAGGAUUUUAACUUAUUAGAGUAAGAUUAGUGAAGAUACUAUGUUUAGGCACCUGAAAUAUUUGCAUGGGUAAUUUUAGAGUUUUUGACUAGUAUAGGUCAAAGACCAAAAGGUUUAGAUAAUUGAACAAAACACGAGUCCAUGAUAUAGAAUUACCCAUGUAAAUUUGUAGAUGGAUUUAUAGCAGAUUAUACUCUUGGCGUCUGGUGGAGAUCUAUGCGGGCGUAGGAUAUGAUAGAAUAAAAUUAUAAUCUUAUUUUCUGUGUUAUUCUGUACCUAUUGAACUAAGUUAAGAUUUUACAAUAUUACUCAUGACAUGUAAUGUUAGUGUACUAUUGUUUCCAUGCUUUGUACUAUACUUGCAGUGACGUAAGAUAGCAGUAGUAACACCACAGUAGAGUACAUGUUUAGAAUAUCUGUAUGUAUGCAUAUUUUAUAAGACUUGUAUGAUCAAAUAAAUGUCUUCAAGUUAUCAUUACAAAUACAUUUUAAUUUGUUUCUAUAGUCAACUCAUGAAUUUUGAUAAAAAAGUAAAUUAAAUAAUUGAUGGAUGA